CACUGCCCAUCGAGGGACAGCUGCCACUGGCUGGGCACGGUGCAACAUGGGCACUGCUGUGGGACUGCGAUCUGCUGGGAGGACACGGACUCUGGGCUCUCCUGGCACUUACCUGGGUAUCACUGCCAUCACAUGGGGCAUGGUGCUGUGGCUGGAGGUGGGUGCCUGGACGUACCACUACAGUGACCAAGGGGACUACACGUGGGAGCAGGCCAGGAAUUACUGCCAGACCUUCUUUACUGACCUGGUGGCAAUCCAGAACCAGCAGGAGAUCGAGUACCUCAACAAGAGCCUGCCCUAUCACGGGCGCUACUACUGGAUUGGCAUCCGCAAGCUAGGAGGCAUCUGGACCUGGGUGGGCACCCGGAAGGCGCUAACAAAGGAGGCAGAGAACUGGGCGGUUGGGGAGCCCAACAACCGCCGCUCCAACCAGGAUUGCGUGGAGAUCUACAUCCAGCGGCCACAGCAGUCCGGCAAGUGGAACGACGAGCCCUGCAACCGGAAGAAAAAGGCGCUGUGCUACCGCGCCUCCUGCCAGCCCUCCUCAUGCAGCCAGCGCGGCGAGUGCGUGGAGACCAUUGGGAGCUACCGCUGCGAGUGCUACCCCGGCUUCCGCGGCCCCGAGUGCACGGAGGUUGUGCAGUGUGCCAAGCUGGAGCCCAAGGGAGUGCCCAUGAACUGCAGCCAUCCCUACGGAGAAUUCAGCUACAAUUCCACCUGCGAGUUUAGGUGCCACGAAGGGUUUGAGCAGCGAGGGGCGGGCAUGCUGCAGUGCCUGCCUUCCCAGGAGUGGUCAGCAAACAUCCCCACCUGCAGAGCCAUCACUUGCCCAGUGCUCAGAGCUCCAGAGAGGGGAGAGCUGAACUGCUCCCACCUCCAUGGGGACUUCACCUUUGGCUCCACGUGUGCCUUCUCCUGCCAGAAGGGGUUUGCACUGAUGGGGUCGGAGAGCCGUGAGUGCACAGCCACGGGGACAUGGACAGGGGAUGCCCCACGCUGUGAAGCCAUCAAAUGCUCAGCACUGACCACACCCAAGAUGGGCCAAGCUGCCUGCUCCCAUCCUCACGGACACUUCACCUUCGGCUCCACGUGUGCCUUCUCCUGCCAGAAGGGGUUUGUGCUGAUGGGGUCGGAGAGCCGUGAGUGCACAGCCACAGGGACAUGGACAGGGGAUGCCCCUCGCUGUGAAGCCACUGUCUGUCCAGUGCUCAGUGCUCCAGAAAAAGGAGAGAUGGACUGCUUCCACCUCCAUGGCAACUUCACCUUUGGCUCCACAUGUGCCUUCUCCUGCCAGACAGGGUUUGUGCUGAAGGGGCCAGAGAGCCGUGAGUGCACAGCCAUGGGGACAUGGACAGGGGAUGCAACAAGAUGUGAAGCCAUCAGCUGUCCAGUACUCAGUGCUCCAGACCAGGGAGAGAUGCACUGCUCCCACCUCCAUGGCAACUUCACCUUUGGCUCCACGUGUGCUUUCUCCUGCCAGACAGGAUUUGCAUUGGUGGGGCUGCAGAGUCGUGAGUGCACAGCCAUGGGGACCUGGACUGGGGACGCCCCACAAUGUGAAGCCAUUGCCUGUCCAGUGCUCAGAGCACCAGACCAGGGAGAGAUGCACUGCUCUCACCUCCAUGGCAACUUCACCUUUGGCUCCUCAUGUGCCUUCUCCUGCCAGAAGGGGUUUAUGCUGAUGGGAACGGAGAGCCGUGAGUGCACAGCCAUGGGGACCUGGACUGGGGACACACCACACUGUGAAGCCAUUGCCUGUCCAGUGCUCAGAGCACCACAGCAGGGAGAGCUGAACUGCUCCCACCUCCAUGGGGACUUCACCUUUGGCUCCACGUGUGCCUUCUCCUGCCAGACAGGAUUUGCCUUGGUGGGACUGCAGAGCCAUGAGUGCACAGCCAUGGGGACCUGGACUGGGGACACCCCACACUGUGAAGCCAUCACCUGCCCUGUACUCAGAGCUCCAGAGAAGGGAGAGCUGAACUGCUCCCACCUCCACGGAGACUUCACCUUUGGCUCCAUGUGUGCCUUCUCCUGCCAGACGGGGUUUGCACUGAUGGGGUCAGACAGUCGCAAGUGCACAGCCACGGGGACAUGGACAGGGGAUGCCCCACGCUGUGAAGCCAUCAAAUGCUCAGCACUGACCACACCCAAGAUGGGCCAAGCUGCCUGCUCCCAUCCUCACGGACACUUCACCUUUGGCUCCACAUGUACCUUCUCCUGCCAGAAGGGGUUUGUGCUGAUGGGGUCGGAGAGCCGUGAGUGCACAGCCAUGGGGACCUGGACUGGGGACCCCACACAUUGCAAAGCCAUCAGCUGCCCAGUGCUGGUCCCUCCCAGCAGAGGCCAGCUGAGCUGCUCUCACGUGCACGGGGACUUCACCUACAACUCCACAUGCACCUUUUCCUGUGAGGAGGAGUUUGUUCGGCUGGGAGCAGAGAUGCUCCGGUGUGAGGCCAUGGGAAACUGGACCAGGGAUCCCCCUGUCUGUGCAGAGGAUGGUGCUUUCCUAAAGCAAGUUCUGGCUUACAGCAGCGGCUCAGCCCUGGCAGUAGCUGGUCUUGUGCUCUCUGGGGGGCUCAUUGCCCUCCUUGCCAAGAGGCUCAGUGACAGAGAGGAGAAGAGGAAGCUCCUGAAACCCACCAGUGACCUGGGAGCACCGGGCACCUUCACCAAUGCAGCAUAUGAUGCCAACCUGUGAGCCUGCCUGAGACUGAAACCCAGCAUGUCCCCAGGGCUGCAGGUGCACCAGGAGCUGCUGCUGGAGCACAGAGGGACUCCAUGCCUGUGGUUGUAGCCUGGACCAGCACUGCCCCUGGACAUUGCCACCACACUGUGUGUGCAGCAUUCCCGUGGAAGGGAAGCUGCCUCCAGUGCAGGCAGCUGGAGACCCACCAGGGGCCAAGAGCUAGGUGCUGGGGGCAGCCUCCCACCCAGCCCUUGGACAUUCUCCCACGGGGAAUUUGGACAUUCCCCAGUAGCUGCUCCACUCAUGCUUCCACCAAUGAGCUUGUGUCAGCAGGAACUGAAUAAACUCCUUUGUCUAACUAA